CUUUCAUCGUGGGCUUCAAAGAGUUAUUUAGAGCUCAAUACUAUAUAGUCUCUCCCUGCUUCUCAAUUAAAAAAAUACUAACUCUUCUCUCGGACAUAUAGAGGGAAAAAGCAGGACUUGUUAUAUAUAGUUUUAUUCUCUAACACCAAACAUGGCCUUUCACUUCACUUGGGCAUUUGUUUUUGGCAUUCUAGGUAAUCUAGUCUCCUUUGGUGUUUCGCUCGCUCCACUGCCAACAUUUUACCAGAUAUACAAGAAGAAAACCUCCGAAGGUUUCCAAUCCAUUCCCUACUUGGUUUCCCUAUUUAGCGCCAUGCUUUGGAUAUACUACGCACUUCUCAAAAAGGACGCCAUCCUCCUCGUCACCAUCAACACCUUCUGCGUUUUCAUACAAACAUUUUACAUUUUCACUUACUUCUUCUACGCCCCAAAGAAAGAGAGGCUUGUAACUGUGAAGUUCAUCCUAUUGUUCAAUGUCUUUGGGUUUGGAGUCAUCUGCCUCUCCACUCUCUUCCUUAAAGAAGGAUUGCGUCUUUGUGUUCUCGGAUAUAUUUGCAUGGCAUUUUCUUUGGGUGUGUUUGCUGCUCCUCUUUGCAUUGUGAGGAAAGUUAUAAAGACAAAAAGCGUCGAGUUCAUGCCAUUUUACUUAUCUCUUUUCCUCACGCUGGGAGCAGUCAUGUGGUUCUUCUAUGGCCUUUGUUUGCACGAUAAGAACAUCGCCGUUCCGAACGUACUAGGAUUCACUUUCGGAAUUCUUCAGAUGAUUCUCUAUGCCAUCUACAGAAAGAAUUCCAAGAAGGUGGUGGAAGAGCCAAAGAUAUCAGAGCACACAAUUGAUGUCGGUAAACCGAGCACCAUGGUCUGCUCGGAGCUGAGCACAGCGGUGCCUCAGCCGACCACUGGUGGGAUUGUAGAAAAAGCUCAAAACAUGGAAGGGUCCAAUCAGGUUUAAUUUGUCUUUGCAUGAAGUGGGUCAUCCUUCACGAGGGACUGUCGACCACAGAUACCUGGGGUUUGCUUUGCAUGUACACGUAUAGCAGCCAUGCAAGCAUUAAUAAUAAUGUCCCUAUCCCUUACUAAUGAAUAUGUUACUCCUAA